CAGUGGCUGAGCACUGUAUAAACAGCAGCAGCAGGCUCCCUCCCCCUUUCCAUUUCUGUUUGUUAAACACACGCUCCCUGCCUUUCUCUCAUUCAGGAGCUAACGGAGCAUCCAGCUUGGUGAGACGGGGGCUGUCACUCACCCCACAGGAGGCUGCUCGGGGCAGGGUGCCGAUGCUUCCCCCGGCGAUGGAGCACCCUCCAGCAGCCCGGAUCCUCUCCUGACUUCCUUGCCUUUCCGAGGACAGUCGCAGAAAAGUGCUUUUCGCCCCCCUUGCCACAGGUUGACUCCCAGAGAGGACGAAGAGGGGCAUCCCAGCCAGCAAUGAGACCCUAAGUCGAGGGAGGAACGAGGAGGACGCUCCGGCCUUUGCAGCCCCCCUUCUCCCGACUGAAGGGCCCAGGCCAGGCAUGGGACUGCUGGAGGGAGCCAACAGCACCCUCACCAUGGAGAAGACAGCAUUAGAGGACAAGCUGCCGCAGGGCUGGCACGCCAAGGACUUUGUCACUUCUAGCCAGGAUCUCUCCGGGUCCCGCAGCGUUAUGAUGGACAGCACCAAGAUCCUGGGGGUCCAGGUGGUUCUGAUUGCUGCCUACUCCCUCAUCAUCCUGCUGGGUUUCAUUGGCAACUCCUUGGUCAUCUACAUCAUAGUGAAGUACAAGACCAUGAGGACUGUCACCAACUUCUUCAUAGCAAACCUGGCCCUGGCAGACCUGAUGGUGGACACCCUCUGUCUGCCGUUCACCCUGGUGUACACGCUGCUGGACGAGUGGAAGUUUGGAGCUGUUCUUUGCCACCUGGUCCCUUACGCUCAAGCUCUGAGUGUCCACGUGUCCACUCUCACUCUCACUGUGAUUGCCCUGGACAGGUAUCGGUGUAUCGUUUUCCACCUGGACAGCAGGAUCUCCAAGAGGCUCAGCUUCACCAUCAUAGCCAUCACGUGGCUGGCAGCAGCGGUCCUAGCAGGUCCUCUGGCCAUCUUCAGGGAGUACCGGUAUGAGGAAAUCCCGUCCAUCAACCUCAAAAUGGCAGUCUGCUCAGAAAAAUGGCCUUCUGGCAACAACAGAGACGCCACCAUCUACAGCCUGUCCAUGCUCCUCCUGCAGUAUGUUUUCCCUCUGGCAGUUAUUUGCUAUGCCUACACCAGGAUCUGGUUCAAGCUGAAAAACCAUGUCAGCCCCACUUCUAGGAAUGAAAACCAGUGCCGGAGGAAGAAGACGACCAAAAUGCUAGUGAUGGUAGUCGUGGUAUUUGCAGUCUGCUGGCUCCCCUUCCACAUAUUCCAGCUUGCCAUUGAUCUUGAUCUGGUUCUUAUCUUCCAUGAAUACAAACUCCUGUACACUGUCUUCCACGUGGGGGCCAUGUGCUCUACGUUUGUCAACCCCCUGCUGUACGGAUGGAUGAACAAGAACUACCGGAACGGCUUCCUCACCUUUUUCCGCUGCCAGGACAAGCCAGAAAGCCUCCACACCGAGGGCUCGGUAAGAGGCAGGUCAUACAUCUUCAGGGCCAACACCCUAAAUGGGAGCAUCAAACAGUCUGCUGGCAACGGGCCACUGCCCACAGAGGUUUAGGGAUGGGAUGUGCACCCCUGGGACUGAGGCUGGCUGAGCCCAGAGACGUUCUUGGUGAAUGCCUUUUUUUGGGGGAACAUUGUGCUGCCAAAACUUUAUAGCUACUGCGGCCACGUGGAAAUACCCCCCCUGUAUCUCUCAGUACAAUAAAUCUGGUGUAUUUCUGUCUGACCAAACAAAUGACUUUUUCCUUUCUCUGUGUUUAAGUGAUGCAUGCAGAAGCAUGAAAAAUCACAGAGGGAGCUUCCAUUUAGCCAGCAAAAUACACCCUUUUAGCCACUUCCAUUUGCCAAAGUGGGCUGUUCAACCUUUUACCCCCUGACACGACACAUUAUGAUGGGGAACCAUUAUCGUGCAUGCUUGUUUGUCUGUAUGUCUCCCAGCCUCAAGCUGUAUUGAUCCAUCGUUAGCUAAUGCCUCUGAGGGGAGGGAGACCUGCUCUCCCCAGGAUGCAUGGGCUGCUUGGGGCCAUCGCUGCCAGGGCCGUGGCAGGGGAGCAGGCGGGUGCAGGAUGAAGCUGGGCCAUCUAGGAUCUAUGCACAGCACCUGCAUGAAUCCUCCCUGCAGCCCAGGGGAGGAGCUCUUGUCCCCAGCAAGCCCUGGAGGUGGCAGUGAUGCUACUUACCGCAGCUUCUUUUGCAAGUGCCGAAGCAAGGGUUUGGGGACACCUCUGGGUGACAGCUCAUGACACACGAGCUGAUUUUCAUUAGCCAGUGCCCAAGCGCAGA